AGCACUUGAAAAGAGAAGUCUGAAGACCUACAAGUAGACAUGUAUAAAGCACAAGAUACCCUCAAGCUGUGGACCACACACCGGUAUGGAGAAGUCCUUCUGAGGCUAACAAAGCAUGGACCGGGCCACGAGCCCCCGAUGACCAUUCCAGAAUUCUUCCAUGAAUCUGUCAGCCGCUUCGGGAUCUAUCCAGCUGUGUCUUCGAUGAAAAACAACCAGUGGGAAAGUAUGAAUUACAACCAGUACUACGAGGCUUGUCGGAAAGCUGCACGGGCCCUGCUCAAGUUGGGCUUGGAGCGUUUCGACGCAGUUGGUAUCCUGGGGUUUAACUCGGUGGAGUGGUUCAUCGCUGCGCUUGGCACCAUCUUAGCAGGGGGCCUCUGUGUUGGUAUUUAUGCCACCAGCUCUCCGGAGGCCUGUCAAUAUUUCAUCAAUGACUCCAAGAUGAAGAUCUUACUGGUUGAAAAUGAUAAGCAGUUGCAGAAAAUUUUUAUGAUUUCAGGGGACAAGAUGAAGACCUUAAAGGCAAUUGUCCAGUACAAGUUGCCAUUAAAGGAGAGCCACAGGAGCAACGUGUACUCCUGGGAUGAAUUCAUGGAACUCAGCAGUGAUGUCUCUGACAUCCAGCUGGACCAAGUCAUAGAGAGCCAGAAGGCCAAUCAGUGUGCCAUGCUCAUCUACACAUCGGGGACCACGGGCAUCCCCAAGGGUGUGAUGCUGAGUCAUGACAACGGCACCUUGGUGAGUACUCUGCAUUACGUGAAACCCACCUGUUUCUUGGGGGUACCUCAGAUUUGGGAGAAGAUGCAGGAAAAGAUCAAGGAGACUGGGACCAAGAGCUCGGCCUUGAAGAAGAAAGUGUUCUCCUGGGCAAGGAACGUGGGCACACAGUUCAACAGCAAGAGGAUGCUGGGAAACCCCAACAUGCCCAUGAGCUACUACGUGGCCAAGACCCUCGUGUUUAGCCAAGUGCGUCACUCCCUGGGCCUGGACCGCUGCCACUUCUUCCUGAACGGGGCUGCGCCUCUCACCCAGGACACGGCGGAGUUCUUCCUCAGCUUGGACAUCCCGAUCUGCCAGAUCUAUGGCAUGAGCGAGAGCUCGGGGCCCCACGCGGUGUCUACGCCCAAGAAAUACAGGCCCCUCAGCUGUGGGAAGGUCUUGAGUGGCUGCAGGAACCUGCUGUACCAGCAGGACCAUGAGGGCGUUGGCGAGAUCUGCUUCUGGGGCCGCCACAUCUUCAUGGGCUACCUGGAGAAGGAGGACGCCACUAAGGAGGCCAUUGACAAGGACGGCUGGCUGCACUCGGGGGACCUGGGCCGCAUGGACAAGCAAGGCUUCCUCUUCAUCACUGGCCGGAUCAAAGAACUCCUCAUCACGGCGGGCGGCGAGAACGUGGCCCCCGUCCCCAUCGAGAACCUGAUCAAGGACAGAAUCCCCAUCGUCAGUCAUGCUUUGCUGGUGGGAGACCAGGCCAAGUACCUGAGCGUCCUCCUGACCUUGAAGUGCGAGAUCGACCCUGUGACCCAUGAGCCACAGAACAAGCUGACCUUGGAGGCCAUCCACUACUGCAAGCAACUGGGCAGUGAGGCGACCACGGUGUCGGAGAUUCUGAGCCAGCGGGACCCGUUAAUCUACUCAGCCAUCCAGGAAGGCAUAGACAAGGUGAAUGAGAUGGCCGUGUCCAAUGCGCAGAUGGUCCAGAAGUGGACCAUCCUGGACAAGGACUUCUCCAUCGUUGGUGGAGAACUAGGUCCUACGUCAAAAAUGAAGAGGCAUUUCAUAACCGAGAAAUACAGAAAGGAGAUCUUAGACUUGUACAGCUGA